AUGCCCGAGGGAGAGGUGUCUGACUUUCAUCGCUGCCUCACCACCCUGGAUCUGGUGGUUCUGGGAGUCAGCAGCACAUUAGGCAAUGGUGUGUAUCUGCUGACAGGAGAUGUUGCCAGAGCUGUGGCUGGACCUAGCACCAUUAUCUCCUUUGUGAUAGCAGCAGUGACCUCCUUCUUAACAGCACUGUGCUUUGCUGAAUUGGGAACUCGAGUUCCCAAGGCUGGUGCUAGUUACAUCUACAGUUAUGUUGCUAUGGGAGAAAUAUGGGCUUUUAUCACCGGCUGGACUGCACUGAUGUCUUAUAUCAUAGGGACAUCUAGUCUAGCCAAAGCAUGGAGUGUAAUCUUUGACGAAUUGACUGGAAAAGUCUUAUCCAACAUUCUGAGCAAACAGACUGCAAUGCAUGUACCUGGAUUAGCCGUUUACCCGGACUUCUUUGCAGCUGGCUUCACAAUCAUCUUAGUGGGGAUUCUUGCAUUUGGUGUGAAAGAGGUGGCUAGUGUACAUCGGAUAUUGUUGACAAUAGAUCUCUUGGUGAUACUGUUUGUUACUGUCUCUGGGUUUAUAAAAGGCAACAUCCACAACUGGGCCAUCAUUGAAGAUUUUAUCAAGUGUGAAUAUAAAAACCACACAUCACUAAAUGGAACAACCAGAUAUGGACAUGGAGGAUUUUUCCCAUUUGGCUUUAAGAGAACAAUAGUAGGAACAGCAGCUUGUUUUACUGGUUAUUGUGGAUUUGACUGCAUUGCACAAAUAGGGGAGCAGGCCCAGAACCCAGAGAAGUCAUUUCCAGUGAGCAUUGUUGUUGCCCAUGUCAUCUGCUUUCUGUCAUAUCUCGGAGUAUCUGCAGCCAUGAGCCUUAUGAUGCCAUAUUAUUUGCUGAGUGCUCAAAAUCCGCUGUCUGUAGCCUUUGCAUAUGUCGGAUGGAUCCCCGCAAAGUAUGUGGUGUCUGUGGCAGCCCUCUGUGCACUGUUGACAAGCUUACUUGGAACCAUAAUCCAAAUGGUUCAUCUGCUUUUCGCCAUGUCCAGAGAUGGAGUUCUCUUCAGAUUUCUGAGUAAACUGAACAACAGACAAAGUCCCUUCAUAGCUAUAAUGGUUUCAGCAGCUGUAGCAGCUAUUAUGGCAUUGUUGUUUGACCUGACAGCUCUGACUGACAUGAUGGCAAUGGGAGUCAUCCUUUCCUUCACAUUUGUUGUAAUAUGUAUCCUUAAAAUAAGGCAUCAAGCUGAUUUCAGCAAGGAUACAGCUCUGAGUGAAACAGAACCUUUUUCAGUUAUUGCACUAAUAAACCCUCCUGCACAAUGUACCCCUUGGACAUCCAAAAAUGUGUCUAUUUUAACUGGUAUUUUUUUCGUGUUAGCAUUCAUCCUCAGCUUCUUCAUAAAGGAGAUGACAGACUACCUGCAGGCAUUGCAGCUGUGGAGUCUGCUGCGUGUCUUAGUGAUUUAAUUGAUGCUGAUCUUCAUUGUCCUAAUUAUUUGGAGACAACCACAGAACACAACUAAAGCUUCUUUCAUGGUUCCUUUUGUACCUAUGGUUCCUAUCAUUACCACCUUUCUCGAUGUUUACUUUAUAAUUGAGCUGGGGUCAGAGGUGUGGAUCUAUUAUGCAGCGUGGCUGGCAGUAGGUUUAAUCUUCUACUUCAGUUAUGGUUUCCAGCACAGUGUGCAGAAACAAAGGCUUCAGGAUGCCCAAGAUCCUUUCAAAAUUUGUAACAGCACCUCAGCUAUCUUGGAGCAAAAGCUUGGACCUUGAUCAGAUUUUAGAAAUCUUGUGACACAAAAGAAUUUACAUAAUACCAAACAUUUAUAUGAUAAUGUUUCAACUGUAAUAAAAGUUUGUCCAAUGUGCAAAAACAUCUUUUCUUCUUG